AUGUCCUCCGGCCCACCAGCAGCCCCUCCCCGAACCUUCUCCAAAGGCACGAUGGGCCUCAAGUUCAUGCAAAGGGUCGUCGCUUCGCAGCGUACACCUAACCACGUUCCUACUAGUACGAAUACGAAUACGGUUCGGCAGCAGCAGGAGGAGGUGGUGGUGAAGAGUGAGAAACAAGAACCAGAACCAGGGGUGGUGGCAAGUUCUACUUGUUUGAAGGAACAAGAUGGGCAAGUUUGGAGAGGCGCGACGACGACUUCUUUGGGUACGAGAUUGGGGCAGGGGAACGGGAGCGGGAGCGGGAACGGGAACAAUGGGUACGUUCUCGUUCUGAACACUCGAGCUCCUUAAAACUCUCUCGCGUCUCGCUUGAUUCCGAGAGAGGAUGCGGAACCGUAACUGAUCGCACGUGACCGUUUCAAAGGCGCAAGAAACGUCGUCUCAUCACCACCAGUCAAUCCUUACUCCACUUCCCUUCCAUCCAACAAGCCUACUCCCCAACAACAUUAGGUAGUACCUCGACCUCACACUCCGCUUCUACCUCGACCCCUCAAUACCCAUUGAUGGCAAGGUAUUCUUACGGCGGUGCGAAUGAGGAAAUUGAGGUACGUUUCACGGCUACGCCUUCGCGCUUACUCCGUAAGAUGAUGAAAUAAUCCUGAUGAUCCUGAUUUGGUUCGUUUCUGAAAUAGCUCUUGACGAACCCUCAAGUCUCGCUCAACCGGACCUCCAAAGUCAAAACCGAAGGAUCCACGAAGCACAAGACGCCGAAUGAUUCAAACCGUUCUAAAAAGAAAGCCUCGCCUGUUAAUCAGCUCGCCAAGUCGAUCACGGCAACGACUUCGAUUCGGAGAAAGGAUUCCGAGCCUUCGAGUCGGACCAAGUCCAGAUCGAAGGGGAAGAACAACGCGUUCGAAAAGGUCGAGGCUCGAAUGAUCGGUGAAGCUGACGAGGAUGAGGAUGAGGAUGAGGAUGAGGAUGAGGAUGAGGAUGAGGAUGAGGAUGAGGAUGAGGAUGGAGAAAGGAGGAACUUUUCCGGAGGGGUGGACUUGGAGCUUGGGUCGGGGUUCCGUAAACCUGCUGGGAUGGAGGGGGUGAAGAAACGUGCUUCGACUUGGGGUGGGAAACCUUCGUUGGAGAGGAAACGGAAAAAGGGUGCUGAUCAAGAAGAAGAAGAGGAGGCGAUUUGGGGUAAGCGAGGUGAUGAGAGGGCUUGGGAUGUUGGCAAGGUCGAAGAAGAGGAGAGUGACGACGACGAGGAGGAUGAUUCGAUCGGGUCUAGUGAGAGUAGUGACGAGGAAUGA